UAAUUUAGGAUUAUGUAAACCUAUAGAAUAUUUUCAAUCGUUUAAAAAUAAAGAUAUUUAUAGUGUUUUACCAUUUGUAGCAUCUGAAGUUUUAAGAGGUAAUCCUUAUACUUUAGCUAGUGAUAUAUAUGGUUUUUCUAUAAUUAUGUGGGAAUUUAUAUCUUGA